UCCACCUCCUGCUGGUGUGCAGCUCUGCUCGCUCUGUGUGCGCUUCUCAGUGCGCCUCACAUACUUUCGGCUGCGCAAACAACCUGCCCGCACCACUCUGUUCGGACGCUUCUCUCGCGUCUCCUCUUCUUUAACUUGUCACUAUGAGUGUCAUGGCCUCUGAGAAUGUGUUUCUGACCGCUUUACAGCCCAACACCACGGUCACCACCUAUGGACUCCCGUCUGAGAUCCACCUCGGGAACGGAAGCACCAUGUCGGACGAGAUGGCCAGAGCGCGGCGCGUCAAGGAGCAGGUCCAGAUGAGAAUGGCGCAGAAGUCCACACUUCCGCGUCAGAAUGGAUCGGCCACACAAUACGCCAUGUCAGACUACGGUGGUUCUUCAACAAUGAAAUAUAGCACCUAUACCCCAAGCUACAGCUCUAAAUCAUCUUAUAUGUACUCCGGCGCCAAAACACUGGGUCCACGCAUGUCCCAUAGGUCAGGCUUCAGCUGCCAGUCUGCUGGCCCAGACAUGGCCCAGAUGCACAAGAUCAGUGUUGGAGGUGGUGGUGGUGGUGGUGGCAGCAGUUAUUACCGAGAAGACAUGCGCAUUGGCAGCUACCAUACAACCCCCAGGCCACACAGCCGAAUGGAGCAGGAGGUUCUCUCCCAGGGCGCAGUGCGGCAGCACACAGCGCUGGUGAAUUCCUGGGCGAUGGACGGCAGCGAUGCUGGCAGCUUGGUCUCCGACCGUGACGCCACCUUAAACCGCCAGUACGCUCAGAGCGCAAUCAACGGCUACACCAGCCAGGUGAGGCAAGGAGGAGGCACCAUGUCCUUUACAUCUCCAAUGCGCAGAUCUCUCAGUGGCACUCUCUCCCGUGGCGGAGGGAUGUCAGGGGGAGAGGUGGAGAUGGUCCAGCAGCAUUCCUACAAAGGCCCGGCCCAGCGCACCAUCAACAGGAUUACAAGCCGAAACCGUAUGAGCAUGGGCUCCGUGUCUGGGCAGCAGGUAUCCUCAGGUGGGAGCAUGUAUCGCGGAGGGAUGGACGUGGUGGACAGAGGUUUCAUCACAGCCGGAGUGUCCUCUGGUUCCCAGGGGAACCUGUUGCGUCAGAACACCCUGUCCCGUGCCAUGUCUGUCAAAAGCAUGCAGAGUGUUGGCAGGGGCGUGGACGUCUUCGGGAAUAUGGAGAUGGGAGCCAGCAUGGGCAACCUCAGCGGGAUCGCCUCCUUGGACAUGCCCACUGCAGUGCAGAACCUGAGGGAGCCCGACCAUGACCUGCAGGUCCUGGGUGCUGCCUACAUUCAACAUGAGUGUUACAACAACAGCGAUGCCAAAAACGAGGUGCGUCGCCUGAAGGGCAUUAGUGAGCUGGUGAAGCUGUUCAACUGCGACAACCAGGAGGUGCAACGUUACGCCACUGGCGCCACUCGCAACCUCAUCUACGAGAACAUGGAUAACAAGGUGACCCUGAUCGAGGAGGGUGGCAUCCCACAACUGGUCGAGGCACUUAAGGAGCCAGACGAAGAGCUCCACAAAAAUAUCACCGGUAUCCUAUGGAACCUUUCAUCCAAAGACAAUCUGAAGGAGAAACUGGCCAGGGAGACACUUCCUGACCUGACCGAGAAGAUCCUCAUCCCUCUGUCAGGUGGUGGAGACUCUGAGAUCAUCCAGCAGUCGCCCUCUGAGGCAGACAUCUUUUACAACACUACAGGAUGCCUCAGGAAUAUGAGCUCGGUGAACGAGAAGACCCGUCAGCAGAUGAGAGAAACACACGGACUGGUGGACUCUUUGGUGGGCUACAUCAAGGCCUCCCUUGAAGAAAACAAGGCAGAAGACAAGGGGGUGGAAAAUGCAGUGUGUGUCUUGAGGAACCUCUCCUACCAGCUCUACAGCGAGAUGCCUCCAUCUGCUAUGAUGCGCCUGGAAGGACCAACCAGAGAUCAGGCCUCAGGGAAAGGCGACGCCAUUGGUUGCUUUACACCUCAGAGCAGGAAAGCCAAAAAUAGCAAGAACCAGGAUCUCUCCACCUUCACCGAGGUCGCUCGGGUGCCAAAGGGCGUGGAGUGGCUGUGGCACCCACAGAUAGUGGGGCUGUACAACCGUGUGCUGCAUCAGUGUGAGAUCAACACCACCACCCGUGAGGCAGCUGCUGGAGCGCUGCAGAACAUCACAGCUGGAGACAAGAGGUGGGCAUCUGUGCUGAGCCGGGUGGCUCUGGAGCAGGAGCGCAUGCUGCCAGUGCUGCUUGACCUCCUGCGUUCCAACAAUGACCUGGAGCUGCGUUCUCUAACAGGCCUCCUCCGAAAUCUGUCCCGCCAUUCCAGGGAUAAGAAUGACAUGGCCACAAAGGUGGUGAACAACCUGGUGACCAAGCUGCCCGACGAUGGACACAAGAAGGAGCCAUCCAGCGAGGUGGUGGUCAACAUCUGUGGUGUCCUCAAUAACCUGGUGACCAGCAGCAGUUUAGCUGCCAGAGACAUCACCUUCUUUGAUGGCAUCCCAAAACUGAUUGGCAUCAAGAACUCCCAUGACAGCAGCUCUGGGAAGAUGAAAGCAGCCAAAGCAGCAGCCACGGUUCUUAGCAACAUGUUCCAGUACAAGAAACUGCACAAAAACUACAAACAGAAAGGGUUCAUUAGAUCGGAUUUUGCAGACAUGACGAUGUAAAACAAGAGCGACGCAGCACAAGUUUCCCGGCCUGUACUCCACCAGCCCCAUAUGGAGUAAAUAGACUGUUAAUACUAUUCAAAGAUAACGUAGGUUAAGUUUUUAUCAGCCAUACUUUGUGAGGAGAACAUGGACACACAAGUGAUGGAGGAUCUACCCGAUGGAAAAGGACUUCCUGUGUAUUCUUAAAACUCGACGGACAGUUCAAGGAACGUGGAUCCGGUGUGGCAGACUAUUGAUGGACUCUGAUACAAAUGUGUGCACCUUAAGCAUUUAUUCUCUUUGUUUGAACACUGUAUGUCUUAGUGUGGAAUCAGGGAUUUCUUUUCUGUCACAGCAACAUGUACUUAGAUGAACCUGCAGCUGUUUGUGUUUCUGCUGUUUGGAAACAGUUCACGACUGUUAAAGGACAAUAUGGUGGACGCUUGUGCCUUAUCUUCACACCGCUGCACCUCAGUCACGGCAUGAAUGCAAACGGGUGCGGCACUAACGUGGUAUUUUGUAAAUAUUGCUUCUUCUUUUACACAGAAAUCAAAUGUUUUAUAUAUUGUACUUUAUAUUUGUAGUUUUUGGAUGGAUGGAUGGAUGGAUAAAUGAGUUUAAAAUUAUAACCCACAGUUAUAAUUGAAUGUAAACCACAGGAGAUUUAUAGAGAGUUGGAGUGCUUAAUUAGAUUGAGAAAUGUGGGGAUAAUGAUUGUGCCUCCGAUGUUGACUUUUUUAUGUAGUUAAGUGCUUUUUUACAUUUGCGAAAUCUCAGUCUUGCCAUACAAAAUGCUGAUGUGUGGCGUUCGUAAUCACUUUGUCAAACAUGGAGUACUACAAUGUCUGUUUAUUGUCAUUAUACCCAAGGCUAUUCAAGAGAAGGCUGAGACACGGGGUCAAACAUGGGGGGAUUGCACAUGCGCAGUAAAAUCUGGUCUGCACUUCUUCAAAGGCUCAGUAGAUGGCGUGAGACCGCGGAAUAAAGGGGAUGUGCAUGCAUGUCAUUUUCACAGCUUAUUAUUGGACUGUCACUGGUGGCCUGCGUUUUGGGUGAGCAUGACAGAGAUGCAAUUCCGACAACUUCAGGCAGCUGCCGUCCAAAAGUCCAAGCA